AUGGUGGCCUUCAUUGGUGGUUCCGCUGGGAGUCAAAGCAUCACCACCCUGCUUCUAUUGCGUUUCUUUGGUGGCACGUUUGGUGGAUCGCCAUUAGUAAACUCGGGUGGCGCCAUUGCUGAUCUGUUCCCCCCGGCACAGCGAGGUCUUGCCAUGACACUGUACUGUGUUGCCCCGUUCCUUGGGCCAAUUCUCGGUCCGGUAAUGGGCGGAUUCAUAUCGCAGACUAUUGGAUGGAGAUGGGUUCAAGGGGUGUGCUGCAUCUUCAUAGCAGUGAUAGGCAUCAUCGGGGCCGUCUUCGUCCCGGAAACGUAUGGACCGGUGAUUUUAGCGAACCGGGCGACACGGCUCUCCAAGGUAGACGCCAGAGUUUAUGUCAGCGUUCUUGAAAAGAACCAAGGCAGAAAAGAGCCAUCCGAAGUCUUCACGAGAGCCUUGAUACGCCCAUGGGUGCUGCUGUUCAAAGAACCCAUCGUCCUGGUUGCCUCAGUUUACAUGGCCAUCAUCUACGGAACGGUCUACCUGUUCAUGAGUGCGAUGCCAAUAGUAUACAACAAAGAGAGGGGAUGGAAUGAAGGCACCGGAGGCCUCUCAUUCAUGGGUAUCGCUGCCGGAAUUAUCCUAGGGCUCGUCUAUGCAAUUUGGGACAACCGUCGGUACAUGAUGCUGUUCAUAGCGAAAACUGCGACCGCAGAAUCUCGACUGCCGCCAGCAAUUGUCGGUGCCGCCGCCUUGCCGCUUGGUAUGUUUGGCUUUGCAUGGACAAAUUUUCCCAGCAUUCACUGGUCUGUCGGUAUUGUCCUGUCGGCACCAUUUGGAUUUGGCUGCGUGCUUGUCAUUCUGCCAAUGGUCAACUACCUCAUCGACUCGUAUACCAUAUACGCAGCUUCUGUUCUUGCGGCGGCGGCCAUCUUUCGGUCUGUGAUGGGAGCGAUUUUCCCUCUUUUCACCACGAAAAUGUAUGAUAAUCUCGGUAUUCACUGGGCGACCUCGAUACCCGCGUUUCUGACGUUGGUGUGCAUGCCAUUUCCGUUUUUUAUGUAUCGGUAUGGGGGGAGGUUGAGGAUGAAGUGCAAGUACGCGUUUGAAGCUGCGGAAAUGAUGAAACGGUUGCAAGUCCAGCAAGUGACAGCUUCAAUGGACGCUGAGUCAACUACCUAG